UUUUGAUGACGGAAAGAAAAAGGUUAUACUUAUACAUAGAAAAAGAGGGAAUAGGUUGAUUAUGAGUUACUUAUUAAUGCUAUAAAAUUAAAUGAUAUUUAGGCCACCUAACAAUAUCAGUUAAUGUAGUUAUAAAAUUGUAAAUAACAAUUUUUGAAUAGUCUAAUACAAUAUAGAUAGCAACGUGUCCUAGGGUUAGACCAUAAGGGAAUCAUGUUAUUUCGUUUGGCGUAACAUGAGUGAACGUAAAAUGUGCAAGUUCUAUAACUUAAACGUUCCUGAUCGACGGUCUGGUUCCGGUGACGGAGGCGUACUGAAUCAUACUGGCAAUGAAGAUGACGAUCGUAAUGAGGAUGAAGGUGUCCAGCCAUACGUACCACCCCAUGAACACAAACUGGAGUACAGUUAUUGGAUGUGGUUCUCGCAACGGCCGGCCACCCGUGACCUAUCCACAACCACGACCGGCUACGGCCAGGCGUUACGUAUGGUGGGUCGCAUGGGAAGCGUGGAACAGUGGUGGGGACUAUACUCACAUUUGUCACGCCCAGAUGAGCUGCCUCCCCUCUCCAACCUGCACCUCUUCAAACUCGGCAUCAAGCCUAUGUGGGAAGAUCCUGCCAAUGUUAAUGGUGGGAAAUGGGUGGUACGACUACGUAAGUCACAGACGGGGCGCGCGUGGGAGGAACUCUGUAUGGCAAUGCUGGGGGAACAGUUCAUGGUUGGGCCGGAGCUCUGCGGCAUUGUGCUCUCCAUACGUUUCCAGGAAGAUCAUUUAGCGGUGUGGCAUAGAACGGCGACAGAUUUGGCAGCGGCGGCUCGCGUCCGCGACGCUAUGAAACGAAUCCUACAGUUACCGAGUACGGUGAACCUUGAGUACAAAGUGCAUAGCGACUGCCUACGCGCUACCAACAGACACGAGGAGGAGAUGAACCAUCGCUCCUAGCAAUACUACCUCCUUAACACCUCCCCCCACCUAAACUCUCUCACUUUUUAAAUAAUUAAAUUAAAAUUUGUAUAUAGUUUAAUGUCAUUGUUUAUAUUUGAACAGAAUAGCUAUGAAUUAAAAAAAUAAUGAAUUUAAAUAUGAAAUAUAGUGUAUAUUUUUGUUCUGUUUUCAAAAUAUGACUUUAUUAAGUUGUAUGAGUAGUGCUAGAAAUCAGCGCUGGCAUCAUUUAAACUAACUGGCGCCAGUGAGCCAGUAAAGCUUACAAGGCCUGUGCAAUUGACUAUGGAUUACUUUUUAAAUGCAAUUAUGAAUUUCUCGCCGAACGCACAAAUUAUUUUAUCUCAAUCAGUGUUGCCAUAUUUCGGUAAAAAAAAUACUAAAGGUAACUUUUAAUAUGAAAUAAUAAAGUGAGAGAGUAAUCCCAGUCGUACAUGUUUCUCACAAAGUGAUAGUAACAGAUGUAAAGGAUGUACAUAUAUGGAGUUAAGGCCAGACGUCUUGUAUCGACGGAUGCUCUUGUGAGAAUAGAUUUGUUGCCAAAAUCAAGUAAAAAAAAAAAACUGUAUCAACCAGUUCAUUGACAACGGACAUGGUUUCCGGAUUAUUAAACAAAAUCGAAAUUUUAAAUACUU